ACACAAGCACUGCAGAUAAAGCGCCCUUGCUCAAGGACUUUCCUCUAAGCUGAUUUGGACAAGCUGGAUCCAGGGAUUCGCUCCAUACUGACAAGUGUAAAUAUUAUUGUUAUAUCAAUACAUGGUAUUUCCCCAUAUAAAGCGGACUGCAAGUGAUACUUAUCCAUGUAAAGCCUUUUAGAUUAAUCCGUCGCACUGCUGACUACUAGCUAGCACUCUUGCUCACUACAGCUGCAAUCUCAGUUGUUUACACAACUAACUACCUGGUACACAGCCAACAAAACCAGUCGACGGUCAAAUAGAGGGCAUUGUUGGACGCGAUUUGAAGCUUCUGGGUGGCUGAUAUUCUGGUAAUCUGACACUCUGAUGCUUUGUUUUCCAAUGCUGUGUUACGAUCAUUGGUCUAUUCAGCUGCGCGAGACUAAUGCGCUGGAUAUUGACAACCCGAUCGGAGCUCCAUGUAUGUGACGUAGUCAUGAUUGUGUUGACUGGUGGUCGCAGAAGAGACCAUGGAUCAGUCGAUUGGACUGCUGAACAACACGAACUGACACCGAAAAGCGGUUCUUGUCAAGGAGGGGCCCUGUACAAUGUGAAGUCCAGUGCUGAAGACCUUUCAUCUUGAACCUUCAUUUCCUGAAAUAUACAG